CACAAUAUCACUAAUAAUGGUCUACUCUCCCUCAGGAGUCAUUCAACUCCAUCGUUGGACACGGUGGGCCGGCUACAGUCGAUUGUUCAAAGUCUACAACAGUCAGGUAACCUGGAUGAAGUAAACAGUCUCAAGCUGCAAUUGCUUGAGAAGGAUCUCAUAAUAGAGGAUUUGCGCAGCAGAAUAAAUAAAGCCGAGAUCAUAGCUCAUCGAUGCAUGAAACAGCGUUACCGACUGAUCGGCAUCUUUCAACUUCACAACUCAAGCAGCGAUCCAAUCCUAGUAAAGUCAUCAAAGUGAGAGCUGCUUUCGAUAACGCUAGCCGUCAAGAGACUGCCUUGGUGAGGAAGUUAGGUUCAUGUUUACGUUGCCGAGGGAGGAAAGAGCGUUGCAAACCCGAUAUCUUGAAUCCCAACGGUGAGUGUAUCAAUUGUGCACUUACUAGUCUCUCAGUUCAUCAAAUACCAUGCAUUCGUACACGAAUUCCGCAAGUCUCACUGUACCAUACGGUGACGACUGAGAACGACACUUGGACUAUCCGACCAGAGAUCUUCGGAACUGAGCCCACGGAGUUAUCCUCAGCAUUACACACUGGUGUCAAAAUACUAGAAUUAACCCAAGACUAUGGAAAACCCCUCGUAGUCCGUGUGACGGAGUUCAUACCUGUAGAUGGCGAUCAGACUUCGUACAUUUGGUCUAUAGAUGGGGCAGAGCUCGAGCUACCAAUGCCAUGUUAUGCUAUUACCAACAUACCGGAAACGAAGGCCGCAAUGGAAACUUACAUGGUACAAAACUUGGAAAGAUACAUCGACUCCUUCAUAGAUAGAAAUGACAGUGUGGUAUGGGCGACGUUCCAGAUUGCUAUUCACCGGGCGCGAUAUCGCAAUAGUAUACUGCUGCAAAAGAUGCUGAGGCUCUGGAUUGCAUCUAGGAUGGUUGAGAAAGCAUGGCACAUCUGCGGCCGCGAAACUUUAGGCCUUAGCCAUGCCGAUACUGCUGGCACUCCUUACGAAGGCAAAAUACCCAUCCCGCCGGUCAUGGACUCUCAGUUCGACCAGAUCAUGGUCCGUUUCAUUCUGAACCCUCUUCGCGCCCAAGUGCUCAAGAUCUUGGAUUCGCGUAUCACUCCUGGCAAGAGAUCAGAGUGGUUUGAAACUUACCUUGUUGUAUCCCUUCUGUUGAACAGCAUCACGCUCUCGACUGCUCACGAUCACAAGUUCGCUAAACUUCAUCGACAUGUGGCAGCUGGAAGGGGCAGCAGAUUUGAAGACUAUAACCUUAUCGAAUCUUAUUUUCAUGGUGCACAGGUGUUGAUCGCGCACUUUCGAGUAAUCAUUAAUGGACACCGCCCAUUACAAUCCGGCUCUCCUGAUCAGAUCAUGAUCAGCCACGAAGAUCUAGAUGAUAAGGAGGUUCGCUACAUCACGAUGAUACAUUCACAAUUAGAUACUGCCAUAUCAACGGCAAACUUUCUUCGCAAGCAUAAUAGGUACGAAAACAUUAUGUAUUGGACACCCAAUCUAUUCUCUACUUCCUGGGAUCCGUCACCAAUCUAUAUUAAAGAGCUCGAGGAAGGCGAAGCGGACUUGAUUGGUUCUUAUUAAGAAAACCUUUGCUCACAUCCGGCAUUCAACGCAAGCACACGGCAUCUUGUAGA